AUGGUCUCCAACUUUGUCAAGGAAGGGAGUUUCCCCACCAACAUCACUUCACUUGAAAUAGGGAGUCUCAGAGUGGACGACUUCGGUCAACUUCCAUCUCCAUUAGAGUGGGGUUUGCACAAACUCUCUUCUCUUACAGCACUCCAACUUCAUGGCCAAGAGUGGCCGUGGGAAGAUACGGUGUCCUUUCCAGAAGAAGAGAUGUUCCUGCCCACCUCUCUCGUCACUUUGAGUAUCCGUCACUUCCGAAAUCUGGAAAGACUCUCUUAUGAGGAGUUUCAAAACCUCACCUCUCUCCAAAGACUUGACAUCCAGGGUUGCCCUAGGCUCGCGUCCUUUCCAAAGGAAGGGUUGCCUCCCUCUCUUUUGUAUCUACAGAUCUAUUCCUGCCCUGAGCUUGUGACCUUUCCAGAACAAGGAUUCCCUCCCUCGCUUUUGUCACUGACUAUCGGGGAACGUAAUCCAAUACUGAAACAGAAGUGUGAAAAGGGGAAAGAAUAUUGGCCCAUCAUCCAACACAUUCCUCAAGUGUCAAUGGAAAAAUUGCCCUAUUCAUUAUUACCGCCACUAGCAAUCUUUACACAUUUCUACAAGGGCUUUGUUGUUGUUGUUGAAACAAACUUUAGGAUGUACGCAUGCUCAUCAUCUAAACUGCAUUGCCAGUUUUUGCACUUGUUCUCAAGGUAG